CAACAAUUGUUGGUGCCACAGGGAAGGAGGAAGUACGGCCACUCCUGCAACCUUUGGAUUUGUGUUUUGGAGAAAAGGAGCUAACCCACGAGUUCUUAUAUGUUCCAGAUUGUCCAGUUUCUCUUUUAGGAUGAGAUUUGCUGACCAAAUUAGAUGCCACAAUAACAUUUGAGGAUGGAAAUUUGGUAAUGAAAGUUCCGGAGUCAAAGGUAGGACAAAUUUUACUAUUAAAGGAAAAUCCAAUUGUGAAAAUACCACAGGCAAUAGAAGAUGCAGUGAUUCCCACGGUAUGGGAAACUGACAUACCUGGGAAGUCAAAGGCAGCUAAACCUGUGAAAGUAGAGCUGAAGGAAGGUGCUGAACCGGUACGAUUAAGACAGUACCCAUUGAAAUUGGAAGCCAGAUUAGGAAUAGUAUCUUUAAUUGAGAAAUUUUUGAAAUAUGGAAUUCUAGAAGAAUGUGAAUCAGAAUACAAUACUCCAAUUUUUCCAGUAAAGAAACCUGAUGGUAGCUAUCGACUAGUCCAAGACUUAUGAGCAAUAAACCAGAUCACUAAGGACAUACAUCCAGUAGUUGCAAAUCCGUAUACCUUGUUAACAUCUGUGAAAGAGAAAUAUAAAUGGUUUACAGUACUUGAUUUAAAAGAUGCCUUCUUCUGCAUACCCCGACCAGGAAAGCAAAAGCUAUUCGCUUUCGAAUGGGAGAAUCCACACAACGGGAGAAAGGCCCAAUUAACCUGGACACACCUUCCACAAGGAUUUAAGAAUAGUCCAACUAUCUUCGGAAAUCAACUAGCCAAAGAGCUUGAGGAAUGGACUACAAGAGGCCAUAUCGGAAUUCCUCGACAAUGGUAUUUGUUGCUGCAAUAUGUGGAUGAUAUUCUGAUUGCUGCUGAGACCUAAGAACUUUGCAUUCAGGUAACAGUUGAAAUAUUGAAUCAAUUAGGAAUGAAUGGAUAUAAAGUGUCAAAAAAUAAAGCUCAGAUUGCAUCCACAACUGUGACCUAUCUAGGAUGCGAGCUUUCUCAAGGACAGCGAAGACUAUGUAUAAACCAUGUACAUGCUAUCUGUGCGAUCUCAGAACUGCGUAACUUACAUGAAUUAAGAUCUUUUCUAGGAAUGGCAGGAUGGUGCAGGCUCUGGAUCAUGGACUAUGGACUUAUUGCCAAACCUUUAUACGAGGCACAGAAGAAUAAGACCUUGGUGUGGGAAAGACCACAACAAGAAGCUUUUCAAAAAUUGAAACAGGCCUUAAUGCAAGCGCCUGCUUUGGGCCUACCUGACCUGAGUAAAGACUUUCAGUUAUUUGUACAUGAACGACAGAGACUUGCUCUAGGGGUAUUAACCCAACGGCUGGGAUCUUGGAAAAGGCCCGUAGGUUAUUUCUCUAAACAACUUGACCCGGUAAGUGCUGGAUGGCCGGCGUGUUUGCGGGUGGUGGCUGCUACCGUGAUAUUAAUUCAGGAAGCCCGGAAACUGACUAUGGGGAAAAGGAUCGAAGUGUUUGUAUCCCAUAUGGUGACUACUGUAUUGGAACAAAAGGGGGGCCAUUGGCUUUCCCCAAGUAGGAUGAUGAAAUAUCAGGCAAUUUUAACAGAGCAGGAUGAUGUUAUCCUAAAAACAACUAACCUAAUGAAUCCAGCUGUGUUUUUAAGCGCAGAGACUGAAGAAGAAAAUCUGGAACAUGAUUGUGUGGAGGUCAUUGAAUAUACCCACGCAAGUCGACCUGACCUGAAAGAUACCCCAUUGGAGAAGACGGAUUGGGAGCUUUUUACUGACGGCAGUAGUUUUGUGGAAAGAGGAGUGCGGUAUGCAGGAUACGCGAUUACUACUGCCAAAACAGUAAUUGAAGCUAAAUCCCUACCACCAAACACAUCAGCACAGAAAGCUGAGUUGAUAGCCCUAACUAGGGCAUUAGAGCUCAGUGAGGACAAAAGGGUCAAUAUUUGGACCGACUCAAAAUAUGCAUUCGGGGUUGUUCAUGUACAUGGAGCUCUUUGGAAAGAGCGUGGACUACUCUCCUCCCAAGGAACAAACAUCAAGUACCAAAAAGAAAUAUUGAACUUGAUUAAUGCCGUUCAAAAGCCAUCACUAGUUGCCAUCAUGCACUGUAAAGCUCAUCAGAGUGGGACAUCGACAAUUAUUGAAGGAAACCAACUUGCUGAUCAAACAGCCCGAUCAGUGGCACGACGAGUCUGGAUGAUGGUGGGUCUUGUCUCCCAAAAGGUAAGAGCAAUUGAUUUAUUACCUACACCUUCAGAGGCACCUGAAUAUUCUACAGAAGAUGAGAAAUUGGCAAGACUAGUAAAAGCCGUCAAGGGUAAUUCUGGAUGGUAUGUAACCACCAACGGACAAAUUGUGGUCCCAAUCACAAUUAUGAGAGGGAUACUUCAAGCGGAGCACCAGAAGUGUCACUGGGGUGCAGAAGCAUUGGUAACUUAUCUAAGAAAACAAAUUAUCUCGGUCCAGAUGUUAACAAUGGCAAAAUCUAUCACAGCUAAGUGUGAAAUUUGCUUGAGAAAUAAUCCUUUAGUUAAAAGAAAAGUAGAUAUGGGAAAAAUUAGGACAGGUGUACAACCAGGGGAUUGUUGGCAAAUAGAUUAUGUGGAACUCCCCAAAACUCGAGGAUUCAGAUAUCUGCUAGUUGGGGUAUGCACCUUUUCAGGAUGGCCAGAAGCCUUCCCUUGUCGCACCAACCAGGCACAAGAAACUGUAAAAUGGUUACUGAAGGAAAUAAUUCCUAGAUUUGGAGUACCAUUGGGAAUAUCAUCUGAUAGGGGACCGCAUUUUGUUGCUCAAGUGGUAAAGGAAGUCAGUAGAUGUUUGGGAAUUAAAUGGGAAUUACACACCCCGUGGAGACCCCAGUCUAGUGGCCAGGCGGAGAAAAUGAAUCAGACGUUAAAACGACAACUUAGCAAAAUUUGCCAAGAAGCAAAAUUUAAUGGCCCCAGGCCUUACCAAUAGCGUUAUUGCGAAUUAGGAUUAAACCUAGGAGUGGAAUGUCGGUAAGCCCAUACGAAAUUCUGUAUGGCAAACCAUAUGAAGCACCUGAUCCGAAUCCAAGUGUACAUGUAAAAGGUAAUCAGGAUGUGUACAAUUAUGUGUUGUCUCUCGGCAGGACAUUGAAUCGACUCAGAUCCGUAUUAGUGUGGAAUCGCCCACUAGCACUUGAGA